AUGGAAGACCUGGGACGUCCUGAAUCUCUGAAGGCUGGCUAUCCUCAGGCCAACUCUGAGCCGAGAAUGGAAGAGUUGCAAAGUGAUGGGUCUCCAACCAAGUUGGAAAGAGGGGAAAAUGGUUUUGAUGCAGAACAUUCGAAACGGAAGGACAGCGGUGCCUUCGUGACGACUGUGCAGUCUGAUUGCGGUGGACUUCCUCCCUAUUCGAAAGAAGAGAAAGUGGAAUCUCUAUCCCAGGAAACGGAGCCAAAGGUGGCACCAAACGGAGUUUCUACUUUACAUCAGAAAAUCGCCGAAGCAGGCCUCAGCCAGACAAACAGGAACACCCAGUCAAGGGCGGGUUCCAAGAUUCGAGCUCUCAUCGUCGACAUCGGUGAUGUGCUUUGCAACUGGACCGCGCCAGAAUCCUUGCCUAUAGCGCCCGCAAUGCUGCAGCGUUUCCGCAAAACUCAACUUUGGUACGAGUACGACCUCGGGCUGAUUACACAAGCCGAAUGCUAUGGCCGACUUGCCGAGCAAUACGGCGUAUCCACAUCUGAUGUUGCGGCAGCAUUCGACAAGGCUCGGGACUCCUUGUUGCCUAACAAAGCCGUAUUCGAGAGCCUCCGGAGACUCAAGGCCAGCUACCCAGAGACUCUGAAAAUGUAUCUCAUGUCAAACAUUCCCGCCGCUGAAUGGCAGGCUUUGAGACAGAACGGGGAUUUUGACUGGUCUCUUUUUGACGGCUUCUUCACGUCUAGCGAGGCAGGCAUGUGUAAGCCUGAGCUUCGCUUUUACCGCCACGUUCUGCAGCAGAUUGGCUUGAAUCCGACUGAUGUGGUAUUGGUUGAUGAUAAUUCCGAAAACGUCCUUGCCGCACGGUCCUUGGGAAUCAAGAGCCUGAGAUUCACAGGACCAGAGGGUCUGAACCAGUUCUUCAAAACUAUCUUCCACGAUCCAAUUGCAAGCGGCUUCGAGUUCCUGAAGAGCAAUGCCAAAGAGAUGUGGAGUGUGACGCCUCAAGGGAGAGAAGUGAGAGACAACUUCGCGCAGCUGUUUUUGUAUGAGGCUGCGGGUGACAUAAACCUUGUCACCAUGACAUUCUAUGAGCGCACAUGGAACUACUACAUUGAAAAGCCCAUCGACACGGUCGAGAAGCAUCCUGACGACAUUGACACAACUUCUCUGGCAAUGAUCCUGUUGCCCAACGAUGUGGAGAAAGCCAAUGAUAUCCUAGAUGAGAUACUUCGAUAUACUAAUGCAGACGGCAUCGUUAUGACAUAUUUCGAUAACAAACGUCCCCGCGUGGACCCGGCUGUAUGUGUCAAUGCCCUUCGCUUCUUCUACAAGUAUUCGCGAGGGAAUACACUGGCCCUGCAGCCCACGAAGGACUGGAUAUCCGAUGUUCUCUUCUAUCGAGCCUACUUGGAUGGCACAUACUACUACCCAACUGGGGAUGUCUUCCUGUACCUGUUCAGUCGCCUCCUGACUGCCAACCCUGAGAGCGACAUCUACCGCCGUACAGCCUCGCUGUUGAGAGAAAGACUGCAAGAACGGAUCGGGACUAGUGGGGAUGCCCUGGAGCUGGCAAUGAGGGUAAUCGCGUGCCUUGAAAUGGGCAUCAAGAACGAGGUUGAUCUGAGGAAACUUGAAAUGAGCCAGCAAGAGGACGGCGGGUGGGAGGUUGGCUGGCUGUGUCAAACAGGCAAGACCAGUCUGAAAAUCGGGAAUAGAGGUCUGACCACUGCUCUGGCUGUCAAGGCGAUUGAGAUGGCGAGGAAGACCAGAUGA